AUGUUCGCCGUUCCCGGGUGGUCAGUGUCUUCCGACGCCCUCAAGGCCGAAAAGCCUGCAACUGCAAGCAGUAGUGGUUCGGCCAAGAAGCGGAAGAGGACCACAAGAGACGAGCCUGUGACGGCGGCCAAUGUCGCCGAUCUGUGGGAGACUGUCGUCGAGGGGAAGAAGCCCAGCAGCGACAAACCCGCACAGGAUUCGAAACGCCAAAAGAAGGGAUCCGACGACAAGACCAAAGCUAGCAGCGAGAAGUCGACUGAGGUUGAUGAUGCAAACCAGCCAAAGAACAAAGAAAAGGGCAGCCGAUCAAAAUCCCAGGACGAACCCGCAGCAGUCGAACCCUCCAAAUCUAAAUCUAAAUCCGAAACCGCAGCAGUUCUGCCUCCGGCGCCGCCCAAGUUGACGCCCCUACAGGCCACGAUGAGGGAGAAGCUGGUUUCCGCACGAUUCCGCCACCUCAACGAGACGCUCUACACGCGGCCCUCGGAAGAGGCCUUCCAGCUGUUCCAAGAAUCCCCCGAGAUGUUUGACGAGUACCACGAGGGCUUCCGCCGCCAGGUCAAGGUUUGGCCCGAAAACCCCGUCGACAGCUUCCUGCAAGACAUUCGCACACGAGCCAAGAUAAGGACGCCCGGCAAGGGCAGACCCAAUGCCCCGCAGCUUCCGCUCAUCGCCAGCUGUCUGCCCAGGACUGCCGGGACGUGCACCAUUGCCGACCUGGGAUGUGGCGAUGCCCGGCUGGCCGAGUCGCUCCAGGCGGACAAGGCCAAGCUCCAUCUCGACAUCAAGAGCUUCGACCUCCAGAGCCCCAGCCCUCUGGUCACAAAAGCCGACAUUGCCAACAUCCCCAUGGAGGACGGCUCCGUCAAUGUAGCCAUCUUCUGCCUCGCUCUCAUGGGCACCAACUGGCUCGACUUCGUCGAAGAGGCCUACCGCCUGCUGCACUGGAAGGGCGAGCUCUGGGUCGCCGAAAUCAAGAGCCGCUUUGGCCCCGUCCGCAACAAGCACGCCCCCGUCACCCACAGCGUCGGGAACCGGCGCAAGCCCUCCAAGAAGGAGCUCCAGGCCAAGGAGGCCGAGGCCGCCGGCCGCUACGAAAAGGACCUCGCCGUCGAGGUGGACGGCCAGGACGACCAGCGCCGCGAGACGGACGUCUCGGCCUUUGUCGAGGCCCUGAGGAGGCGCGGCUUCGUCCUGCAGGGCGAUGGCCGCGAGGCCGUUGACUUGUCCAACAGGAUGUUUGUCACGAUGCGCUUCAUCAAGGGUGCUGCUCCUACAAAGGGCAAGGGCGUCAGGCCAGAUGACGCUGGUCCAAAGAAGAAGAAGAUGUUUGGUCGCGUGCAGGAUGAGGAGGCGGAUGAUCAGGCUGGCGAAAACGAGGGGGCGAUUCUCAAGCCAUGCGUUUACAAGAUUCGAUGA